AUGACAAGUGAAUCACUUACUAAAAGAUAUCCAGCGGUUUUCGCUGAGAAAGGUAACCCUAUCAGGGAAUUCACCGCUGCUGUGAAAAUACCUGAAAGAACAAGGCCGAUGUGUGCCAAGGCCCGACCAGUGCCCUACGCUUUGAAAGACAAAGUUGAACUUGAACUGAAACGAUUACUAGAAAAUGGUAUAAUAUCUAAAAUUGAUCGUAGUGAUUGGGCUUCUCCCAUAGUGGUGGUACCAAAGUGUGACGGUAAAGUAAGUUUGUGUGGGGAUUAUAAAGUAAUAGUAAAUAAAGUUUUAGAUGAUUCCCAUCAUUCAUUACCUACAGCAGAAGAUCUAUUUGCUAUCCUUGAGGGCGGAAAGGUUCUUACCACACUUGAUCUCACCAAUGCCUAUUUACAAUUGAGCUUGGAUAGAGAAUCAAGGAAGUAUCUCACUAUAAAUACUCACCUUUGGUUAUUCCAAUUAAAUCGCCUUCCAUUUGUAAUAUCAUCUGCACCGGGAAUAUUCCAGUGUGUGAUGAUCCACAUUUUACAGGGAAUCCCUGGGGUAGUAUGUUACCUUGAUGACAUACGUCUAUAA